AUGUUCCGCUCUCUCCGUGCCACCUCCAACAUCGCCCGCCAGGCUGCUGCCCCCCGUGGCUUUGCUUCCUCUUCCGUCGCCAGGAGCUACGAGGACACCAUCAAGAACAUCCUUGUUAACAGGGACACCAAGGUUCUUGUGCAGGGUUUCACCGGAAAGACUGGUACUUUCCACGCCCAGCAGGCUAUUGACUACGGAACCCGAAUGAUCGGUGGUACCAACCCCAAGGCAACUGGCCAAACCCACCUCGGUCUCCCCGUCUUUGGCUCCGUCAAGGACGCCGUCCGAGACGUCCAGCCCGACGCCUCCGUCAUCUACGUGCCCCCCGCCUUUGCUGCCGACGCCAUCAUCGAGGCCAUUGAGAACGAGAUCAAGCUCAUCGUCACCAUCACUGAGGGUAUCCCCCAGCGCGACCAGAUCAGGGUGUACCAGGCUUUGAAGAGCCAGAGCAAGAGUAGGAUGAUUGGUGGUAACUGCCCUGGUAUCAUUGCCGAUGGCUGUAAGAUGGGUAUCAUGCCCGGUCACAUUUUCCAGCAGGGAAAGAUCGGUGUCGUCUCUAGGUCUGGAACUUUGACCUACGAAGCCGUCAACCAGACCACCCUCGUCGGCCUUGGCCAGUCCCUCACUGUCGGUAUCGGUGGUGACCCCUUCCCCGGAACCCAGCACAUUGACGUCGUCAAGGUCCUCCUUGCCGACCCCAAGACUGAGGGCAUCGUCCUCAUCGGUGAGAUCGGUGGUUCCAUGGAAGAAGAGGCUGCUGCCUACCUCGAGGUGCACAACAAGAACUCGGCCAACCCCAAGCCUGUUGUCGCCUUCAUUGCCGGUAGGACUGCUCCCCCCGGUAGGCGAAUGGGUCACGCCGGUGCGAUCAUCUCUGGUGGUAAGGGUGCGGCCAGCGAUAAGACCGCUGCCCUCCAAGCGGCGGGUGCUAUCAUUGCCGACAGCCCUGCGCAGAUCGGUGACUUGAUGUUGAAGGCCAUGAAGGCUGCUGGCAAGGCCUAA